UUGAAUAGGAUUUUCCACCCCAAGGCGGCACUUCUUGUUGUAGCUUUACUUGCUGCUGUUCGUGCAAAUGGAACAAUAAACGGUAUCAAAAACGAAAGCAUAUUGAAUCAGCUGUUAGGGCGUGCCACAAGAAGCCUUUAUGAAGGAAUGGUAGCUUUUCAAGCAAAAUUAACAAAAAAUCAAAGGAGUCUCUCAGGCAAUUCCAUUAUUAUUUUUACAACAACAACUCUGAACGCAGGACACGCCUAUAGUCCUCUCACAGGAAUAUUUACAGCACCUGAAGAUGGUAUCUACGUCUUCUCGUGGAACGUUCUCGCACAUGCUGGGAACGUUUUUCACACAGAGAUUGUUCUCAAUGGUAAUGCUGUUGCUCAAAACCAUGCUGAUGGCAGGAGUGGCAGUCCGCACUAUGCAUCCGGAUCAUCGACAGCUGUGAUUGGGAUGAGGACGAACGAUCAAGUUUGGAUUAGGGCCAAAGGACACGGAGAGUCUGCUGCUGGUGACUGGUCCUCAUUCUCCGGCUUCAAAUUGUAA